AAGCAGAAGGGUCAGUCACCCUUCUGGAGGGAGACCCGGCUGGUGGCUGAGCUCAGAACCCAGCUCCCAGCCCCAGAGGGACCAGUUCAGCAUGGUGCUACCUCUCCUUCUUCCCGUGCUGGCCUCCCUCCUUCCCCGGCCGGUGUUCCCUGCAGCUAAACACCCAGCCCCAGCCUUCUCCGUGCAUCCCCAGAAGGUUGAAUACCUGCUUGGAGACACCGUGGGCCUCACAUGCUCUGCUCCCCCUGCGAGGGAUCAGGUGUCGGUAUUCCAAUACUACAGCAAUAUGGGAUGGGCUGUUUCAGCCAGGGUGUCCUCCGGGUGGAAACACACCUACAACCUCAACAUCACGGAGCCGCGGAAUGCGGGUUCGUACAGCUGUAACUAUUACACGGGCAAGAGUGGUCGUUUCAUCCAGUCCUAUGAGAGCAACCAUAUCAGCAUCAGCGUCAAAGACCCCCCUCCAGAGCCAACGCUGAGUGUGGAUCCCCCAUCUGGAGUGGUGAGCGAAGGGCACCCCCUGCUCAUCACCUGCACGGCCCCCGGGAAUGCCACACAGCUGAGGUUUCACUUCUACCAGGAUGGAGCCGAGAUUGUCCCUGGGGACGUUGGGUCUGAGAUCAGCACCAUGGAGCCCAGGACCAGCUCAAUGACAGUCUCUGAGCUCAGCAUCCCACAGGUUGACACCAACAGCACCGGGGAAUACACCUGCCGGUAUGAGGAGAAAGAGAGUGGGAGAUGGAUCAUGUCCACCAAGAGCCACGCUGUGACUGUUACCUUGAAAGGUGAGGCUGCCCUAGAGAAUAAAAUCCACCCCUACAUACAAUCACCACUUCCUACAGCAUGGAUACACACACACACACACUCACACACAAAGAGAGCAACCAACAACUCAGUAAGGCAACAAAGCAUUCAGCUCUCAAACACUACCACCCAGCAUGGCCGCCCCUUCCCCAACUCUCGCCCUCUGCUGCCCCCAGUGCCCAUUGUACAAUACAGCCGUCCCUUCCCCACCCCGACCCUCUGCUGCACCUAG